AUUUAAUCCGUUUGAAGUGCUGCUGAUAAUCGUCAAAGUGAUCGACAAGUUUUUAUACCUCUAAAACAAAAUGUUUUAAACAUAUGUCCAUCUGUGACACACUGUAUAUAUUAUACUGUAGUAUUAGUUAACAUAAUAAACACACAUUUUUCCAAUAGUAUCGGUGCUCUGAAAAACCUGUGCUAUAAUAGCCUACACUAGGGGUGGGGUCUCUCUCCUCUCACAUUAGCCCUAACCUGACGUCAAGUACAUAGCCAUACAAACUGAAUGACUUUCAUAGAGAAGAGAGAGAGAGAGAGAGUCUAUAGUUUUAUGAAACAGUUUUAAUGAAUUAGUAAAGGAUUUGUUUGUUUUUUUGACUGUGUCUUCAAAUUUCGCACACAUCUGGUCAACAAAUUGUGUCCAAAAUCGCCGAUAUUGUCCAACAAUGUCGUCGAGUACUUCCAAUAUGUUUUGCAGCCGAUGUAAUGAGGGUUUCGAGGAAAGAGAAAAGAUUGUCAAUUCAGGUGGUGAGGUAUGGCAUCAGUCGUGUUUUGUUUGUGCCCAAUGUUUUCGUCCGUUUAGUAAAGACGCGAUUUUCUACGAGUUUGAGGGCCGGAAGUACUGCGAACACGACUUCCACGUACUGUUCGCCCCGUGCUGUGGAGCCUGUCAUGAGUUUGUCAUCGGUCGAGUAAUUAAAGCGCUUAACAACAAUUGGCAUCCGAUGUGCUUCCGGUGCGAGUUAUGUCAGACAGCACUCGCCGAUCAGGGAUUCUUCAAGAAUAAGGGUCGCGCCCUCUGUAAUGACUGUAAUAAUAAAGAAAGAGCCGCAGCUGUCGGCAAAUAUAUAUGCUUUAAGUGCCAUUCAAUUAUCGACGAGGGGGCGCCCAUUAAAUAUAAGGGCGAACCAUACCAUCCGUAUCACUUUAACUGCAAAAACUGUGGCCAAGAACUAAACUCGGACGCCCGGACCAUCAAAGAGGAACUCUAUUGUCUCCGAUGUCACGACAAAAUGGGUAUUCCUAUAUGCGGUGCCUGUCAUCGACCUAUUGAGGAACGUAUUGUUACGGCAUUGGGCAAGAACUGGCACGUCGAGCACUUUGUCUGUGCCAAAUGUGAAAAGCCAUUUUUGGGUCACAGACACUACGAAAAGAAAGGGUUGGCCUAUUGUGAGACACAUUAUCACCAAUUGUUUGGCAAUCUAUGCUUUGUCUGUAAUCAAGUAAUACAGGGGGAUCAGGUGACAGCAUUGAACAAAGCCUGGUGUGUGGACCACUUCCAGUGUUCGUGGUGUGACACCAAACUCAGCCAGAAGUCCAAGUUUUAUGACGUCGACCUCAAGCCUUGCUGUAAGAAUUGCUAUUCAAAGUUCCCGACAGAACUGAAAAAGCGGCUCAAAAAACAAUACACUGAAAGAACAAUUACCACCAAAAGUAUUCUUUAAAGAAUGGGAGAGAGAGAGACAAACACAGACAUCCCAUUAGUUCAUAAUUUACUUAAUAUAAUAAACAAUAUAUUAUUAUUAUUAUAUAAUAAUGUUAUACUAAGUUAUU